GUUUUUCGGGGAUGGGGAGUGGGACACCGGAGAGAAGGAAAGUUGAUUUCACCGUUAUACAAAAUCAACAAGAUUACAUAGCUAUUUGACCUAUAUCUGGAUCCGCGCCGCUGUUUAUUCGCCGUAAAACGAAACUAGACCGCAAUCACUAUCAGUUUGUCAGGGAAGUUGAAAUGGUGCGGAAUGGUGUCGUUUGUGUGGUGCUACUGUUUGUCAAUGUUUGUUGGGGUUUGAAGUGCAAGUCCCACACGAAGGAACCGGUCGACUGGUUCACAGUAUACAAACUGCCGUUAAUCCAUGAUAUUGGGGUAGACAGAUUGACCUAUAAUGGGAUUGGGUUUUACUACAUGGACUCUCAGAAUCCGUCGUGGAAGCUGUCCCAGGUUGGAUUUAAUGACACGGGUCAUGCAGUGGAGUACACCCUGAGACAGAUCUACAAGAAUACCACUAGUGAGUACAUGUAUUCUAUGUACAAUGACCAGCCACCAGAUGGACACACAUCUCUUAACCAUGGACACACGAAAGGAGUCUUUGCCUUUGAUAAAUCGGAAGGGUUUUGGCUGAUAAUGAGUAUCCCGCAUUUUCCUCCGGCCAGGAGCUCGGGAUUUUCCUACCCAGACAGUGGCAAAGUUUACGGACAGUCUAUAUUCUGUGUUAGUCUCAAGUACUCCCUUCUGGAGAGUCUUGCCAAGAUAUUGACGUACACUUAUCCUAAGUUUUACGACCAGUACCUUCAUCCUUCAUUUGCCACUGAAAACCCCAUCCUGAAGAGUGUGCUGUCCAACAGCCAGAAACACGUGACUUCACCUCCAUUCCAGUUAGAGACCACACUCCAUACAUCAGCUGGAGUGGUCCUCCAUAAUUUCGCCAAGUCAAAUGACUUCCACAGAGAUUUAUAUGAUGCUUAUUUGGCAUCAAGUUUACAAAAGACAAUACUUGUUGAAACUUGGCAAAAUGGACCCCAUAAGGAAGUAUUGCCAUCAAACUGUUCUGUCAAGUUUCAGGUUUACAACAUACAGGAAAUACGAUUCCCUAACAGAACUUUCAAAGAAACCAAGGACCACUCCAAGUGGGCUGUGUCCCGGACCGGGUCCUGGGUCUGUAUUGGAGACAUUAACAGAGUGAGUUCACAGUUUCACAGGGCCGGAAGUACGACGUGUGUGUCCAAUGAAAAUGUCUGGAACCAGUAUACUAACAUCAUCCGGGAUAUCGAGACUUGCGGACCAAUAUUUGGUUAAAAGCAAAACUUGCCUCAAGUGGACCAAUGACAUUUGAAAAAUUUAUAGCCUUAUUUUUCGAUAAACAAUUUAUUUUUCUAUAAAUGAUUUUAGAAAUGUUGGACUAUGUUUUAUUGUACAUAUCUUUUUAUCUACAAUAUUUGAUAUAAUAAAAUAAUCAUCUCGCUGA